UGUGCGCACAGGGUAUACGGGGGGUGCUCGCUCGCGCUCGGCUAACACGGAAGUCGGAGGCCGAAGACAUCAUGUGACUGAGGUGCAGGGCGAGAGCGAGAUGGAGCGGCGAAGCCAGUGUUAGUCGUGCUUUCCGAAGAUGCGCCCCGAAUGAAUGUGGAAUGGAGGAGAUCAGGGUUUCUCCAGACUACAACUGGUUCCGAAGUACAGUUCCUCUCAAACGAAUCGUUGUGGAUGAUGAUGACAGUAAGGUGUGGGCGCUGUAUGAUGCUGGACCCAGGAGCAUCCGAUGCCCCAUCGUCCUGCUGCCACCCGUCAGCGGCACGGCUGACGUCUUCUUCCAGCAAGUGCUUGCCCUGACUGCUUGGGGAUACAGAGUGAUUUCACUCCAGUACCCUGUUUACUGGGAUAUUGUUGAAUUUUGUGAUGGCUUUAGGAAACUUCUGGAUCACCUACAGCUGGACAAGGUACACCUGUUUGGUGCCUCUUUAGGGGGCUUUCUAGCCCAGAAAUUUGCAGAGUACACUCACAAAUCUCCUAGAGUGCAGUCUCUUGUCCUCUGCAACGCCUUCAGUGAUACAUCCAUUUUUAACCAGACCUGGACAGCCAACAGUUUCUGGCUAAUGCCUGGCUUCAUGUUAAAGAAGAUUGUUCUUGGGAAUUUUUCAAGAGGACCCGUCGAUCAAAAAAUGGCGGAUGCCAUUGACUUCAUGGUAGAUCGGUUGGAGAGCCUGAGCCAGGCAGAGCUGGCCUCACGGCUAACACUGAAUUGCCAGAAUUCCUACGUGGAGCCGCACAAAAUAAAGGAUACCAGAGUUACCAUAAUAGAUGUGUUUGAUCAGAGUGCCCUCUCACACGAAGCAAAAGAGGAGAUGUAUAAGCUAUAUCCUGACGCAAGACGAGCUCACCUUAAAACAGGCGGAAACUUCCCGUACCUUUCCAGAAGUGCAGAAGUCAAUCUCUACAUCCAGAUUCAUUUGCGGCAGUUCCACGGAACGCGGUACGCGGCAAUUGAUCCAGCCAUGGUGAGUGCAGAGGAACUGGAAGUGCAGGGGUUCCAAUCCAACACCGAUGGAGAUGGGCAGGGAGCCCAGUGUUGACCAGUAAGGCUCCUCUCAGGUUGCUGGAUGUCCACACAGGUGUGAUCGUUUCACUAGCAGGUCCACUAGAAAACUACCGUGGGUUUAACCACUAUGCAUUCUGACCUAAACCAGCCUCUGUUACAAACAAUUAUCCCUUUUGGUCCUAAAACCAUUCUUAGGCUAAGAUGAUUAAAUUCUGUUACACAUUUCACCCUCCUGAUUGCAGUCAGUCUGCAGCAGAAUAAUGUUAAAUAGCCUAUUUUUCACUUUGCAUAAUCUAUUUUCAUAAGCAUUGUUGCUGUAAAUAACACAUUUGCCAAAAAGGUUUAAUAGAGGCCUUCCUAUGUUUUUGUACGUUUGCCUUACACGGUGUUACUUCUUUGCAUGUCUGCCUUUUCGUUCGUACUUUGAGUUCAACACUGCCAUUUUGUUAAGCAGAAAAUGAGUUGCCAUGCACUGAAAAAUGUUGAUCCUUUGUCUUUUUGACAAAAGGUACAGCUGGAGAGAACUGUAUAUUUUAAUGUUUUGUGUCCUGAACUAAUAUCCAAUUUGUUCUUUUAAAAUAAAGA